AUGGGGGAGGGGGUGGUGCCUCAGCCACAGUCGGCAAGUGCCCCCCUCCCCCACACCAUUGUUGUUGACGGUAGCCAAAAGGGACACGCCAAGGAGGAACACGAGAAGCAUCUCCGCACAACCUUACAAACCCUGAGGGAAAAUCAACUAUACGCCAAACUCUCUAAAUGCGAAUUCUGGAAGGACAUCGUGGCAUUUCUGGGCCAUGUGAUAACCAAUGAGGGGAUCAGGGUAGAUCCAACCAAGAUUCGCGCAGUCAAGGAAUGGCCCGCACCAAAGGCAGUUCCAGAGGUUAGGAGCAUCCUUGGGCUAGCCGGUUACUAUCGAAGAUUUGUACCCGAUUUUACCAAAAUAGCCCAACCCCUGACAAGGCUCAUGAAGAAGGAAAUCCCCUUCAAUGGGACGUCAAUUGUGCUUCGGCUUUUCAGGAAUUGA